GAUGCCCUCAACCUCCUGGUCCUUGAAUUUUGAUUCAAACUCAUUUAUCUCACCACCAUUACAAACAUUGUCAAAGGGCGAAUAUCGACUCUCUAAUGCUCAUGGCUGGAAGUUAUCUUAAAGUCACUUCUUCUCUCUUACCUCCAACAUGGCUGACAUGAAAACAGUCCCACCUGAGCCAUUGACAGAAGGCUUGGAUGAACCGGUAAAGGAAAAUCAUGUGUCAACGAAGAAUUUAUCGACAGGAAGCCGAACCCCUAGUGGCAGCAAAGUCCUGAAACCCAUCAAAAAGCUUGAUGCUUUCAUUUUGCAUUUAAAUCGAUUGAUGCAUACCCGGGAGAGCCACGAUGCCCUGAUUCUCUUUCUGGCAUACGCAGCACAUUUUAUGGCGACAGCACUCGAAACUCCAAUUCCUGGGCGACUCCGAAGCUGGGUAAUCAGCGUCGGCAAGCUUUUACUGAGGAUUGUGCCGCCAAGACUUUUGUCACUCUUAUCAACUCCCAAGUAUUCACCAGCGAUAGGGUCGUUGUCUGCCAACAAAACUCUUAUCGCCGAACGAUUCAGGGCAUUAUCGAAUAUUCUGGACGACUGGCAGAUCAUCACCAGAUUGUGGGGCUUGCUGUCGACAUGGGCGGAUGCAAAAGAAUUUCUAACCAGUUUCACAUCUGAAGACGAGAGCGAAGAAAAGAAAAGCAACCCACGAAGAUAUCUUGUUCAGAAAGCCAUACGGUCUACAUAUAUCAUUGGGCUUUUUGGUUACUAUGGCUUGGAGAAUCUGGCGUGGCUUACAAGGCGUGGCGUUUUCAAGUGGUCAGAGAAGACCGAGUCGAAACUCAUGAUCUGGUCUCUCAAGUCUUGGGGUGUCUACGUUAUGUCGGAGAUGGCACAACUACUAUACGACCGAUCGGAAAGUAAGCGUACCGGAGAAAAGCAAGAUGAAGAGACCAAGACAGAGUGGCGGAGAAAGUUUGUUCAAGUUCUGCUCUGGGUUCCAUUGACGGUUCAUUGGACACGAGAAGGUGGACUAUUUCCAGAGACGAUAGCUUCCUUUUUGGCGGCUUAUACAGAGUUCAUAACGGUCAGGGGAUUAUGGAAAGAAACCGCUGAGUUCUGAAGAGGAUGGGGCAAUUUACCGCUGGAUUCGAGGAGUUGAGAAUUACACUGUGUUGCGUCGUUUCGAAAGUUACUGAUAUAAAAGAAUUCCACUUAAAAAUGAAGAAAUAGUUGACCAAGUUCCAUA